CUGUGGAGCCGGCAGAGACGGCGCCGGGAGCCCGGGGGUCGAGGCGACGCCGGCGGCCUGAAGCGCAACAGUGAACGGAAGACCCCGGAGGGCAGGGCCAGUCCGGCCCCGGGCAGCGGACACCCCGAAGACCCCGGUGCUCACCUGGAAAUGAACUCUCUUGAUAGAGCCCAAGCAGCCAAGAACAAAGGAAACAAAUAUUUUAAAGCAGGGAAAUAUGAACAGGCUAUUCAGUGCUAUACGGAGGCUAUCAGUCUGUGCCCUACAGAAAAGAAUGUUGACCUUUCCACGUUUUAUCAAAACAGAGCCGCUGCCUUUGAACAAUUGCAAAAAUGGAAGGAAGUGGCACAAGAUUGUACAAAGGCUGUUGAACUUAAUCCCAAGUAUGUGAAAGCUCUCUUUAGACGUGCAAAAGCCCAUGAGAAGCUAGACAAUAAGAAGGAAUGUUUAGAAGAUGUCACUGCUGUGUGUAUAUUAGAAGGGUUCCAAAAUCAACAAAGCAUGCUGUUAGCUGAUAAAGUUCUUAAACUUCUUGGAAAAGAAAAAGCCAAAGAAAAAUACAAGAACCGUGAACCUCUGAUGCCAUCUCCACAGUUUAUCAAAUCUUACUUCAGUUCUUUCACGGAUGAUAUAAUUUCUCAACCCAUGCUUAAAGGAGAGAAGUCUGAUGAAGAUAAAGACAAGGAAGGGGAGGCUUUAGAAGUGAAAGAAAAUUCUGGAUAUUUAAAGGCCAAACAAUACAUGGAAGAAGAAAACUAUGAUAAGAUCAUAAGUGAAUGCUCAAAAGAAGUAGAUGCUCAAGGCAAAUACAUGGCAGAAGCAUUAUUACUACGAGCUACCUUCUACCUGCUUAUUGGCAAUGCCAAUGCAGCUAAACCAGAUUUAGAUAAGGUCAUCAGUUUGAAAGAAGCUAAUGUGAAGCUUCGAGCAAAUGCACUCAUCAAAAGAGGCAGCAUGUACAUGCAACAGCAGCAGCCUUUGCUGUCUACUCAGGAUUUUAACAUGGCUGCUGACAUCGAUCCUCAAAAUGCAGAUGUUUAUCAUCACCGAGGACAGCUGAAAAUACUGCUUGAUCAAGUUGAAGAAGCUGUGGCAGAUUUUGAUGAAUGCAUUAGAUUAAGACCCGAGUCUGCUCUGGCACAAGCUCAGAAAUGUUUUGCACUGUAUCGCCAGGCAUAUACAGGAAACAAUUCUUCACAAAUCCAAGCAGCUAUGAAAGGGUUUGAAGAGGUCAUAAAGAAAUUCCCCAGGUGUGCUGAAGGCUAUGCGCUAUAUGCCCAGGCAUUAACAGAUCAACAACAGUUUGGUAAAGCUGAUGAAAUGUAUGAUAAAUGUAUUGACUUGGAACCAGAUAAUGCCACAACAUAUGUUCAUAAAGGUUUACUUCAACUUCAGUGGAAGCAAGAUCUGGAUAGAGGUUUGGAGCUUAUCAGCAAAGCUAUUGAAAUUGACAGUAAAUGUGAUUUUGCCUAUGAAACUAUGGGAACUAUUGAAGUGCAAAGAGGAAACAUGGAGAAAGCCAUUGACAUGUUCAACAAAGCUAUUAACCUGGCCAAAUCGGAAAUGGAGAUGGCUCAUCUGUACUCACUCUGUGAUGCAGCCCAUGCCCAGACGGAAGUUGCAAAGAAAUACGGAUUAAAACCACCAACAUUAUAAUUAUAAAAUAGGGGGAGGGAACAUGACCCUCUUUUUAGAAGAAGUUUACCCCCCUCUUCAACUGAACCCUAAAGACACUGUCAUGAACUGUGUUGGAUGGUGGAACUUAGUGUUUCCUGUUUGUGCUGCUGUCAUUUGUUACAUCUCUUUCACGUUUAGGUGUUGUGGGAGUGGCUGUUGAAGGAAGUGUGCAGUGUUGCAGCUUUUAUUCCCUGUGCAACAAAAGCUUAGGACCUGUUAAAGGGUUAUUAAAAUAAAGUUGCAAAGAGUACAAAUGAUAAUUGGCCAUGCAAAUAAAAACUCUGAUUUGUUAAUUUGGCUUUUUUUUCUGGGGGAGGGGGGGAUGAUUACGUUCUGGAUGAUUUUGUCUGUGUGUAUGUGUAAUAUAAGUAUUUUACAGCAUGUUGGUUUUUAAAUUAACAGAGUAAGUGUUGUAAAAUAGGUUUCUUUUAGAUUUAAUUAAUCCCUUUUAGUUGAUUUUUUAAAAAAGGAAACAAAGCCUAAAUGGGGAUUUUUUUAAGGCAGCAAAAUUAAGAGCCCCUUUAAACUAUUGUCUGCAUGCACAAUGCCUCUAGUUCUGCAGAACGUAGACUCAGUGGCAACCGUUAAGCCUUUGACCCCCCUUCAACUCUAAUGGAUAAUGUACAUUGUUCUUAAAGUCCACAGCAGCUGGUUUUCAUAGUCAAUUAUGCAGAAGCAAAUAUUCUGAUUGAUAUAUGUGCUGGAAGACUGAGUAAACAGGAGAAUGGACCAGGUGAGAGGUAAGGUGAAAAGGAAACGUGUUUUUAAUUGCCCACGUAGUUUUCUUAAUAGUGUCCUUUUUAAAGAAAAAGCAGUUUGAUCGUAUGUAUAAAGAUGGAGUGUGAUACGUGAGAGUGUUUAAUAGCUUAAAAUUUCUAAUGAAAAUGUGGCUAAAGGUUCAAAAAGGAUGUAAUUCUUAGUGCCAGAAGCAUAGCAUUUUCUAAGUUUAGUGCUUCGACUAUGGCUAAAUGUGCUUAAGGAAUUUUGAGCCAGUUUUUUCUGAGACGCUGAGGACCUGUGAGUGCUUUUUACUUUUGAGUUAAACUUAAGUCUCUCAGGCUGGCUGACUGCCCACGUCCAAGUCUUCACUAGGAUACUGACAGCAGACUUUUGUUUUGUACAUUUUAUCUUUACCUUACCCUCUUAUUUAGAAAUCACUUUCUUUUUUCUGGUUGUCACUUUUAUGGACCAUCCUUUUGCUUAUAUGCUGCAUUUUUCUGGUGGCCAUGUUCUUAAGGGGUCUCUUGUUUUGAGGUACUCAGGCUGGGGAGAGGUUUAUUUAAGCCUGAGAAUAAAAAAACAUCCAAACAUUAAGCGUUUAUUUUACUUUCCUGGAAAUGAAAUCUAACUAGAGUUUACAUUGUUGGGAAUAAAGGAACAUAUUACCCCUCUUUUUAAAGGGUGCUUUAUCCUAUUGAAACCAAAAAGAUUGUCUAUAAAUGCUAUCUUUUUAGAAAAUACUAGAAAUGACUCCCUUCCAAAGUCAGAGUCUGGAAAAUACUGAGGGGUCUCAUGAUAGUGGGGGCAGCUAAUAUAACUGGUGACUCGGAUAAUGGAAAGUAUGAGAACUCUGCAUUUUAUUUCUUAGAUGAUGCUCCUACGAUAACCCCGGAAUACAGAAAUGUUCUACAUCUCUGAGUAACCUGUGAUUAAAAAGUUUUUAUUUGCAUGGCUUUAUUUACAUUAACACUGAUAUUUUCUUCUCCUCUUCUCCAUUUCUACCCCAUGGGGUUGAGUGGAAAAAUACAAAGGAAACUGAAGCAUGUGCCAUUCAAUACUGUCAUUCCAAAUCCUCAUGGACAAAUUGCCUGUUCUGAAAAAUAUUUGAGCCUGCACUGAGAGCUGCAUCUGUCUGUAUCUUUACUUUUGUAAAUGACCUCACAUGUAAAUUCACCAAAUAAAUAUUACAUUCAAGCUU